AUGGAUAAAUCAUCCCGCCAAGGGCCACCUGAUGUACAGCGUCAAUCAUCUCUACAGGAAAGUGACCAUCUUUCCUUCAUCGACCAGUCUGAGAUGAUUUCUCUGGACCAGUUCACGGUAAACCAAAUCAUGGAAUCACUUUAUGAGGAGUUCCAUGACCCCCUCCCGUCGCCAAACUACGCCUCUUGCCUUCCCUUCGAAUCAUCCAGGAGCAGCGACUUCAAUAGCGCCAGCUGCUCAUUCGCGGAUGUUUCUUUUGGGAGACCCAUCGUCGCUGUUACCGGAGGCGAUGUCUCGGUUGAGCUGCCUCAAGCGUCCUCCAGCUUUCUCUCGUUUGAUAACCAGGAUUCAUUGCAUGAUCCACCACAACUGUGUGUGAAUUCUGCGAAAGGAGUUGUGGAGCCAACGAACGUGAUCAGGAGUUUAAUUCCUCGUGGCUCAACAUGGAGAGAGAACACACGGGACUUCCAAAGACCGGAGAGGAUAAGCAUGGGGAGCAGGCCGCCAUCUUGUGCUCAAGACCAUGUCAUUGCUGAGAGGAAGCGACGAGAUCGACUCAAGCAGCAGUUCUUAGAAUUAUCCACAAUCAUCCCUGGAUUAAAGAAGACUGACAAGGCCUCGCUGCUGGGAGAUGCAAUCAAUUACAUUAGGCAGCUAGAGGAGAAGGUGAAAACCUUGGAGGAGAAGGCUUCAGAGAAGACUGUUGCAUCCACCAACCUCGUCGAGAAGUCCGAGCACCUCCGCGCCUGCCACCAUAUCUCAAGCUCCGAGGCAAACCCUUCCUCUCGUGCCUUUCCCAAGAUCACAGCCAGUCUGGACGGGAACUCCUCCAUCCUGGUGAGGAUUCAGUGCGAGAAGAGAAAGGGGCUGUUUGUGAAGGUGCUGUCCGAGAUCGAGAAGCACCACCUCUCCGUCGUCAACACCAGCGCCAUGCCGUUUGCUGCCUCUUCUCUCAAUAUAGCAGUGACCGCGCAGAUUGAAGAGGGAUUCUCGACGACGGUGAAGGAUCUUGUGAAGGAUAUAGACUCGGUUCUUAGCCAGUUCAUCUGA